UCAGAAGCACGCCGCGCCGCCCCCUGCCUGGCGCCGGCCCUGCUCCGGCCUAUCCCCCGCCCCCGCCUCUGCCCAUCUCCGAUCUUUCUCCUGGACGCACGGGCCGCCUCGGCUCUCCACGCGCGCAGUGGGCCGCCUCGAUCCUGCCCCGGACGCGUAGGCGUACGCCGCCCAUUCUCGACCUCUGUUCCUCGCCGACCGACAACUUCCUCUCCCCGUGAGCUGCACCUGUAUCUAAAAAAUUCUACAUGGGGAAGAAGCCGGGCAACGCUGGCCCUUCCUCGGCAUCCAGGCCCAUGAACCAGGCCGUGUCGCUCCGGGAGGAGACCUCUGGGAAGACGCAGGCCGACCCGCCCUCCCUGCUGAGGGUCCAGCACCUGCAGCGGUUGGGGGCGUGGGCGAGCGGGGAGGUGGGAGUUGGCUCGAUCGGGGCCCUGCUAGGCCACCGCCUCGCCACGAAUGCCGAGACGGCCGGGAUCCCUAUAGGCGCCUCCACCUUUCUUUGCCAGAGGUGUGAAUCAAUCUUGCAGCCAGGCUUCAACUGCACAAUCCGCAUAAAGAACAACAAAAAGAAUGGAAAGCGGCGCAAGAAGUCAAAUCCUGGCCAAAACAGUGUUGUCUAUGCAUGCCAUUUCUGUGGAGACAAAAACCUGAUACGGGGUAGUGGAAAGGGUAUCGUGAAGGGCCUGUUGUCAUCAAGAAAACCCGUUAGCACCAGCAUAAUGUUGAAAGGAGUCAAUAUGCCAACAGUAAUAACUACUAAAAAGGGGAUUGAGCAUUCUGUAACAGCAGCCUCGCAACUGGAAUCAUCCAGGUUGAAAACAUCCACUAUUGAAAAGGAUAAACAAGGUAAUGUGCCAAAAUCUAAUCUUCCUGGAGAAUCUAAAAUGGAGAAGAAAGGGGGAGUUUCCUCAAUGGUGGAUUGUGGUCUGUUAGGAGAUAAAUGUAUGAAUGGAAUUGAGCCCGCGGCUUUAAAAAAUACUACAACAUGUGAACCCGAUGUCACUUCCCAAGCAGAAUUUCUAGUUGGGUCAAACUUUGUUACUCCUCGGAAGAGCAAACUGGUGGACGUGACUGUGCCUAUAGCUUCAGAAGAACCAUUGAAGACUAAAAGUACACUGAACAGCAAAGGACAGAAUUGUGGUUCCGUUGCUGGGAAGACCCCUGGAAGUUAUAGCAAGUCAGCUUCGAAUACCAAAUCUGCACCAGGUGAUUCUAGUCAGCCAGCUGGUAGUUCAAGGAAGCGGAAAAGAAAAGGGUGGACUACACUGAAGCAGAUCGCUGAGAAGGAAGAGCUUGAGAGAAAACAGAAGAUGGAUAACUUUGUAAUCCCGUUCUUCAUGCAGUAGAAUAUCUUUUACUGUCAGCACCUGUUGUAAACGUUGGGCUGGAAGAACGGUUACAGUAUUUAGUGAUACUCUUUAGUUAUGUACUUUUGCACCAAUCAUGUUGUAGAAAUAUAAAGUUACGAAGGAGUUCAAAAUUAAACCCAAGGCAGAUACGCUAUCAGUCAAGGGAAUGAAAGUUACGGCUUGAAUAUUCGCCAAUGCGGGUGCGCUUGGCUCGACCUGCCAAGUUGUCAAAGGUAAAGUCAAAUACUCUGUUCGGGUCUUGGCUGAAGGGUUAACAAUCCAGAGUUUGUUCUCUGUAUACUGUUUUUGGGCCACAGCUGCACAAUUUCUCCAGAGUUUGUUCUCUGUGCGCAUUUCCGUUGCUAAUUGAGUAUUCCAUUAUUUGUGUCAGAUACCAUCACAGGGACCAUGCUAUGGAGUAGAGUCCACCACUCUCUGUUAGUAUCUGGUAGCAUCUUCAUACUCAUAUUUUUGGUACUUGUGUAGCUGCUCUGGUAGUAACCUAUGUAGCAUCCAUCUUCAGUUCUUGGAGCAUCUCCUGCUUGAAUCCUGUAAA